AUGGUGGUAGGAUGAUAUCACGUGAUUGUGCAAGUUUCUCAUGGCUGAAAGGGAAGGUUGUGGGAUGGCCAAAUGACAGGUAACGAUAAGCGACGUUUACCCGGAAUGGUAUGAUUCAAACAUUGAGUUCUCUCACAGAUCUACACUGUCGACGCAGCAUGAUAUGGUCGAGUGUUAUCGAUUUGUUCUUGAUUCUUCAGCUGCUUGCUCGCCAACGACUGUUACUUUUUAUUAUUUUUAGACUCGAGCUGCGCUUUGGAGGGCUGAGACUUGAUUCACGAAGAUCCCCAAACGCUGCCGCAGGCUGCAUGGAUGACUCGAUCUAUCAUUAUCGGUAGCGGCGGAUCCCCCAAUACUCUCCCAUUGCUAUGCGUAUCAAAAAAUUGGUACGAUGAUAGAUACGAAGCCGUCGUAUACGAAAUACUCGCAUCACUUACCAUGAACAGCCUUCUCGUUCACGAUCUUUUAAUGGAACAAUUCAGCACACCAAACCACAUCAAAGCUCAAUCACAAAAUAUCGACUUCCUGAAUAUCUCCCAUUGGCGUCAUUGUGCGUUGGGCUUAGUCUCGGUCCGCCUUGACAAUAAAAUCAAAGUUAUCGUCGUCGACCACCAAACCAUGUCCAAAAUUUCAUCCUAGCACAAAACCCCACGACCUUAACGGGCAUAAAAUACGAAUUGUCAAUUGUCCA